CUGGGGGCAGCAUGCCCUGGCUCAGGAGGAGGGUGAAAAUGUUCCAACUUGGAGUGGCACCCAAACACCCUGAAGUUUUCCGUCUGUUGGGACUAUCUCUAUGCGUCGGCUGAUUUUAACACCAUUCCGCGGGACCAACGGGUUCGGACCUGAGCCACCAUGUCAAAAGUCAUCCAGAAGAAGAACCACUGGAUCACUAAGGUGAACGAGUGCGCGGUUGUCCGCGACGCGCGCGGGGAGCUGAACGUGGAGCUGCGCGGCGGAGCUGAGAAUGGAGAGUUCCCACAAAUCGGGCAAGUUAGAGAGGAUGCUGUGGUGUACCAGGACGGUAAACUCUGCGAGGGGGAGCUGCUCCUGGACGUGGAGGGGCUGCCUGUGUCUGGAUUACCCCUCUAUGACAUUUUAACUGUGAUUGAGUGCUGCAAAGGUCCCGUCAGGUUGAAAACUGUGCGUCAAGGUCACAAGCUCAACAAGGACCUGAAGCACUACCUCAGCUUGAGGUUUCAGAAGUCUUCCCCCGACCACGAGCUGCAGAAGACCAUCCGAGCCAAUCUGUAUCGCCAUGCUGUGCCUUGUACGACCCGCCCCCCUCGAGACGGAGAGGUCCCAGGGGUGGAUUACAACUUCCUGUCUGUGGAGGACUUUCUAGAACUUGAGGAGAGCGGCACACUACUGGAAAUAGGAACAUAUGAAGGUAACUAUUAUGGGACCCCCAAGCCGCCAAGGCAGCCCAUCAUUGGGACAGUGAUUCUCAGUGAUGCAGGCUCCCAGCAGUCCACCCCGAAGCGCACCAAGUCCUACAAUGACAUGCAAAACGCCCGAGUAGUGCCUGCUGACGACGACGAUGACGACCAGGCCACGGAAAUGAACAACAGUUUUACAGGUAACCCUAACGACCAGGACGAGAGCCGCGGCGGCAUCCUCCGGCCGUACCCUGCACGUGACAAUGCUCCAUCCUGUGGUCUGAACAAUGCGGCCACCUCCACCUCAGACAGUGGGCAGCAGACCCUCGCAGAACCGCAGGUCUCUCCAGAAGACCCGCUGGGGCCGCUGCCUGACAACUGGGAGAUGGCCUACACUGAGAAUGGAGAGCUUUACUUCAUAGACCACAACACAAAGACCACAUCAUGGCUGGAUCCUCGGUGUAGAGACAAAGCUUCCAGGCCUUUGGAAGAGUGUGACGACGAUGAAGAAGGGAUACAUACAGAGGAACUGGAAACUGAUCUAGAGCUGCCUCCAGGAUGGGAAAGGAUAGAAGACCCAGUGUACGGGGUGUACUAUGUAGAUCAUAUAAACAGAAAGACCCAGUAUGAGAACCCAGUGUUGGAGGCGCGGCGUCGGAAAAUCCUGGAGCAGCAACAGCCGCAGCCUCCAGAAGGUGAGCGGUAUAUUCGAGAGUGGAUAGAGGAGCACUCCUCAGCAGCGGCUCCAUUAGCAAACUACGCUCCAAACCACCUGGAGACCUACAGGGACCCGCAGGUCCCACCAACUCUACCUCCCGGCCCUGCAGGAGCCAAACGUGGGAAGCCUUUCUUCACGAGAAACCCAGCAGAGCUGAAAGGAACCUUCAUCAACACGAAGCUGAAGAAGAGCCGUCGCGGCUUCGGCUUCACUGUGGUUGGAGGAGACGAGCCAGAUGAGUUUCUACAAAUCAAAAGUCUGGUGCUGGACGGGCCUGCAGCCGUGGAUGGCAAGAUGGAGACAGGUGAUGUGAUAGUCAGCGUGAAUGACACCAUUGUGCUGGGCUACACCCACGCUCAGGUGGUGAAGAUCUUCCAAUCCAUCCCCAUCGGUUCCAUGGUGGACCUGGCCUUAUGCCGUGGCUACCCGCUGCCCUUUGACCCCGAUGACCCCAACACCAGCCUGGUGACCUCAGUAGCGAUCUUGGACAAGGAGCCUAUCAUCGUCAACGGACAGGAGACGUUUGACUCGCCUUCCAACCAGGCCGGACCCGUUAACGGCAUGAGGGAGCCGCGACCACACAGCCCCUCGGCUGAGGUGGCGUCUAACGGCUCGCACGGCUACUCCAGUGACGUGGUCACUCUGGCCUCAUCUAUAGCCACCCAGCCAGAGCUGAUCACCAUCCACAUGGAGAAGGGUGACAAGGGAUUCGGCUUCACCAUUGCCGACAGCCUGACAGGAGGAGGGCAGAGGGUAAAGCAGAUAGUGGACUAUCCUCGCUGCCGUGGGCUAAAGGAGGGGGAUAUUCUGAUGGAGGUCAACAAGAGGAAUGUCCAGAAUAUGAGCCACAAUCAGGUGGUGGACCUACUGAGCAAAUGUCCCCGAGGCAGUGAGGUCACCAUGUUGGUGCAAAGAGGAGUGGUGCCAGCCAAGAGGAGUCCAAAGCUGGUGCACCAGUUAGAGAGGAAAGACAGCCAGAGCAGCUCCCAGCACAGUGUGUGCAGCCAUCGCAGCACCCACACCGAUUCUCCCAGCCACCCACCCUCUGUCAUGCCCAGUGAGGCUGUGGCUCCCACUCCUGCUGCCCCCACCCAGCCUCUGCCAGGCCUGCCCCCUCAGGACCCUGCAGAUGGCACCCUCACCCUCCAGAAGAAGCCGGACCCCUUUAAGAUUUGGGCGCAGUCCAGGAGCAUGUACGAGAGCCGACUGCCAGAUUGCCAGGAGCAGGACAUUUUCCUUUGGCGGAAGGAUACAGGCUUCGGUUUCCGCAUCCUGGGAGGAAAUGAGCCCGGGGAGCCUAUCUACAUAGGACACAUAGUGAAGUAUGGGGCAGCAGAUGAAGAUGGGCGCCUGCGUUCGGGCGAUGAGCUCAUCUGUGUGGACGGCACGGCGGUGGUGGGCAAGUCUCACCAGCUGGUGGUGCAGCUGAUGCAGCAGGCCGCCAAACAGGGCCAUGUCAACCUCACAGUCAGACGCAAAACCCCCGGAUAUGGAGUGUCAAAAGGAGAAGGCGACGUGCCCCCGUCGCCGGCCUCAUCCCACCACAGCAGCACUCAGGCACCCAGCCUGACGGAGGGCAAGCGGACCCCCCAGGGGAGCCAGAACUCUCUCAACACUGUCAGCUCUGGCAGCGGAUCCACCAGCGGCAUAGGAAGCGGCGGCGGCGGAGGCAGCGGCAGCGCGGUGGUGCCUGCCUCCCUGCAGCCUUACGACGUGGAGAUCCAGCGUGGAGAGAACGAGGGCUUUGGUUUUGUCAUUGUGUCAUCUGUUUCGAGGCCUGACGCCGGCACCACCUUUGGACGCAUCAUCGAAGGCAGCCCGGCGGACCGCUGCGGGAAGCUGAAAGUAGGGGACCGAAUACUGGCUGUCAACUGCUGCUCCAUCACCAACAAGUCACACUCAGACAUCGUCAACCUGAUCAAGGAAGCCGGGAACACAGUCUCGCUCAGGAUCAUCCCGGGUGAUGAAUCCUCCAAUGCUUCUCUGCUGACUAAUGCUGAGAAGAUAGCUACCAUCACCACCACACACACACCUCAACAGUCCACAGAGUCCCGGAAUAACUCAAAGUCGAAAGGAGCCCCUCCUCCUCCACCCUCACAAACUCAGACAACACAGGAUGCAGAGUUCUACUCUGUGGACCUCGAGCGGGACAGUAAAGGUUUUGGCUUCAGCCUGAGAGGAGGACGAGAGUACAAUAUGGACCUGUAUGUGUUGAGAUUAGCAGAGGACGGAGCUGCUGUCAGAAACGGCAAGAUGAGGGUGGGAGAUGAAAUCCUGGAGAUUAAUGGUGAGAGCACAAAGAACAUGAAGCAUUCACGUGCCAUUGAACUGAUCAAGAACGGUGGUCGCAGGGCGCGGCUCGUCCUCAAACGGGGAGAUGGAUCUGUACCUGAAUAUGACGGCAGCAGUGACGGGCACCCUCCCACACCCGGGGCACAAAACACUCCGGAAGUGAGAACACUGCCACCUAACAGCAGAUAUCACACCUCAUUGGAGUCCAGUUAUCCACCAGACCUUCACAAACCAUCACGCCAGGAGGAGGCUGCACGUGGCCGAGACAGGGACAGGAACAGGGACGUGGCUGGAUCAGAUCAGAUGGACUACCAAGGCCGGCAAUUUAACCCCCACCAUCAUCACACCUGGAAUAACAAUCACAGUCAAAGUACCCCCAGUCAGCAGUCUCCAGAAAACAGUAACAGUAGUAGCGGUGGCAACAAGAAGAGCCGAGGCCGCAAAGUCAAGAAGUCCGAGUCGGAGAGCGGCAUCUCUAAACUCCUAAAGACUCUGAGGAAAGACAGCUCGGGGAAGAAGGCUGCAGCUGCCGAGAAACUGAGGGGACGAGAGCUCUCAAGCAGCAGUUCUACUUUGGAUGGGAGGUUUCGUCUGCAGCGCCGCGGCUCCCUUGACCGCUCACCAACCCGAAAGCGCAACUCCUCUCCUGAUCGUCGGCGGGCCAAGUCGAUGGAUCGCAGGGCAGAGCGAGCGCAUCGGGACCGUACACCCGAGAGGGAGUACGAUGAUGGGGGGUUCCUCGCAGUCACCCCUGACCGCAAGCUCUACGAGCGGAGGCUCCUCAAGGACUCACAGGCGGCUGGGCGAGUCAGGGAGACCACAACACCUGAGCGCACCAACAACAAUGGGGAUUCCUUGUCUCUUUCCAGGGGCCGUACAUAUGAUAGAGUGACAAAGAACGGCAACCUCCUGAGAGACUCUUCCUCAGAGAGGAGGGAGGAGAGAUAUCGGAUGAACGGCACACCAGAGAGACGAUACAGAGUGGAGCGGGACUCUUCCCCUGACAGCACCUACAGCCGGGAUGAGCUGAACUAUGCAGCAGCACCCAGACUGAAGGACUACUACAGCAUGAUGAAGAACAACGCUGCACACAACAAUGCUGCCUACAACAACACAGGCCAUAACAAUAACGCAGUAGGCCACAGCCCAAACCAGCUCCCUGAGCCCAAGAGAAGGCUGUACAAAGAGAGCCCCAAAGACCUCAGCAUCUAGAGCAGAGCAGAGAUCCCCCUCGCCGCUCUCUCCUCUAUCUGUGCAAACUAUGUACCAUACACUGGAAUUGGACUUCUGAGGAUACUAACUCUUGUGCUUUAUUUGGUCGACUGGUUGUUGAUUGAUUUGAUUGACUUAACUACUUGUGAUCCCAUCCAGAGAUUCAUAAAACAGCAGGAGUACAAUCCUUGUAUCAGUUCAUACUGGUUGUUUUGUCAUUGUUAGAGUUAUUUUGAACAUAACAGAAGUUGUUGUACUAUAGUAAAGGUAUUGUAUGUGCCUGCAUAUAAAAUCAGUGAUAUUGCUUUUUGUAGGCAUUGCUGAAUCUAAAUAUUUGUUCCCUCAGAGGUAUGACACAUUCUUCCAGUUGUGGUAACUUCCAACUACUAAGCUUGUUUUCAACUUGUUUUUAGAUAUCUUUUCCAUUCCUGAAUUGCUUUACUGAACAAACUAUAGCACAAGACACUGAUGGUUCACAAGAACUGUGAAAGUCAUGUUGGACUUAAGGCAAAAAUCUAAAUUUAAGAUCGGUUGGUAAAAGUAGAGUGAUAAUUAUAUAAAUAAUAUAUGACUUUUUGCAUUUGCUCACUAUUUAUUUUUAAUUUGGCACAUAUCUUGAGCAAGCUUCAUUAAAUCUUUAAGGACCAGUGCACACUGUACCUGGGAGAAGCAUGCUGUACCCUUACUUGUGUUGCACCCUUGAAAUGUGUGGCAGCUCACCCUCCUCUUCCAGAAAUCGGGACAAUUGGCAAUGGUGUUAUUAGUUUCUCCUUUGGAGUAGGAUUAUAAAAAUAACUUGAAUACUUUACCCUUUGUUCCUCAGUGUGUGCUGAUGUAGCAGGGAAGGAACCUGACUCACUUUCAACGACAGGCAACCAACUGUUCUGGUAAAUUCUCUGCUGUGGGAAAAAGUUAUUGAAAUUUGUUGCUCAUCAAAAUUUCAGUUUAGAGGAGUCUGCAUUAUGCCAGAAUACCAGCUUGAAGCUGCCAUAAAAUAUGAUUUAAAAAAAAGUUAAAACAAACAAAUGUGUAAAUGAUCCCUGUGCAAGAUGCAUGUGUAAAUCUAAGUGUAGUUUAACCACUUAAUCUGUUAGGUCUCGUCGCGAAUUAUCGACAAGGAACAUGCACUGUAAUCCCACAGUAAUUGUUAGCCCUGUCCUUAUGGUGAUGAUACCCACAUUUGCGCACCAACCACACCCUAGGUCCUGACACAAAGAGCUGAUGUGGUUUGUUGUGUUGGUGAUAUAUGGAGAGUCCCGGUACAGGAGACGACCAAUCUGCCAUGCUGAGCCAUGCUGUCACGCCACUGGAGUCUGACUGCUGCUUUAUAAUGUGUUUUGUGUGUAUUCUCUGUUUUAUGUUUCAUUAGAAAACUAAAAAUAUAUUGGAUAAACCACAACAAAUGCAUUGUUUGAUCACUGUUGUUGCCAUGGUACUGUAUUAACGAAAAAGAAGAAAAAAAACACAUUUAAGAAGUUAACCUGUUGGCCAUCACCUGUAAAGAAUUUUUCCAAUGUAACUAUUAGGAACCUGUCAAGGAAUAAAAUGUUGCCUUUUUCUUGUACAAAAGAGAAAUUUAUGAAAAACCUCAGCAGUGAGGAAUGUGAUAUUGUGUUUAUAUCUCUGAAAUGGACCUGCUGAUUUAUGGGAAAUAUGUUGAUUUACUCUGGAUCAGGUAUGUAAAGACAUUUUAAAAUGAAAGACUGUAUUUGGUCAAUCAGAAAAAAACUGUUUGAUGGUUUGAAUCUUUCUCGAUGGUUAGCCUGCCUUUGUAUUAUAAAGCACUUGUAUGCAGUCUGUGUUCUUCAAGCAUUAGUUCUUGCAAUGUGCUCCGGACAUAAUGCUGUCUCUGUGUUGAUAAAAGCAGUACAUGUAUAUGGGCCAAUCUUUUUUAUAAAACUAUGCAUAUAUAAAUACUACAUUGUUCAUAGCUUUAUUUGACCCAUGAAGCUAUACAUAACAUUAGUCUAAGUACAAGUAGAUGUGGACUUAUCCAGCUUCUUUCCUUGAGAUGGAUUACAAUGUAUAUGUAGCUAUCAAAAGAAGUCUGUGAAUGCUAUUUUUAUUAUCAAA